AUUAGGCAUUUGUCAAUCUCGAUCACUCCAAGGAAGUUUGAGAAACGAUCAAUGCCGGCAACCAGAUCUGAAGUGUUUUAACUGAGACAAAAAUCGCUGGCCUUGUUUUCUACGACAAAGUCUUUGUAAACAAUGUCUAAUGUUUUGUUCUAUGAAACCUCAACUUCACUCUUUUCAAAUCAGCGUUCCUUGGCGUUUCCUUUGCAAAUUCCCUGGCAAUUUAGUUUCCAGCAGUUCCAGAUCCUUCUUAGUUUUUGCUUGAAACACUUUUGGGCAUUUUUCAAAAGGAAAAUAUGGGUGAGAUUGAUACCAAACCUAUUGAACCAGUUCAAGUUGCACGAUCUUUGUUUGGCGGAAAGGGUGAUCAGUUAAAACACCUGUCCAGCAGCAGCGAUUCAGAUGUGGAAAAAGAGAAAGAUAUUGAAAGUCUAGAAAAGGAAUUGGCCAAUUACAGACUGCAAAUGGAAGCAAAGGACCGUGAAUACAUGCAGGCUCUUCUUCAACUAGAACACUACAAGAAAACAACAGAAGAAUUUUCUGUCCUACUCCAUAACUCUGAGCUUGAGAGAGAUAGAUAUAUAGAAGAAUGCAAUGAAGUCAAGAAUCGGAUAGAUGAACUUGAAUCCAAGAUGAAAGGGAUGGUACAUCAGUUGUCAGAAACUGCAAUGAUCCGCGAGCAGCUUUCGCAUGUUUUAAAUGAGCUGAAGGUUACACAAGCUGAUCUACUUACUAUGGAAACUGAACUUGCUGCUGCCAAAGAUUCAGAGCUCAAGGCAAUGACACAAGUGCAAUUGAUGGAAACCUCUGCUAACAUGGAAAAGGAAAAGUCAGAAGAGCCUUUAGGCCGUAUUUUGGAGCUUCAUGAUGCUGUUCUUAUUUCAAAGGUCACUGCCACUGAAGCUGAGAAAGAGAAGUGCAGAAUUGUAUUUGAGAAAGGUGCUGAGUUGGAGUCAUUGAAGGCAACAUCAUUUCAAGCACAAGAACUGAUAGAUCUGAGAAAACAAUUGGAAACAAAAGAAGAACUGGAGAAUCAGCUCCUAACCAAGUCUGCAUAUAUUGAUUCAUUACAGGCAAAACUUGAGCAGGUAACUAAUAUACUUGGUUCAAUAGAGAAUGCUACUUCGGAUGGUGAAAUUGAUCUGAACCAGAUAGAACAAGACUUGGCAUUCAAGGAAAGAAAGAUAUCAGAUCAAGCAUUUUAUAUUGAGGCAUUGGAAACAGAACUGAAUCGCUUAACGCAUGAACUGAAAAAUGCUAAGGAAGUGGCAUGGAACUUGAACCGUACUGUUGGAGCACUUAAAAGUGAUCUUGAGAAGCUAGAAAUUGAGAUGGAUGAAGUUAGAGAAAGAGAGAAUGAUGCACAAGUCGAAAUAUCGAUGUUAAAGUCUGAGCUUCAUGAAGGGAGGUCAAAAAUUGCUGCAGCAGAAACAGCUGAAGCAAGAGCUCAAAGUUUUAAAUCAGGGCUGUAUCUUGCAGUUCAACAGCUAGCAGUUGAAGCAGAAGAAGCCAAGAAGGAAAAUCAGAAGUUGAAACAAGAAGUGGAAGCUGAAGAAUCUGACAACUCUACCUUCAACCAUCAAGAUGAGAAUGAGAAGUCAUCUCAGGGCGCACUAGAUUCGGAUAUUGAUGAUCAAAGAGAUAAGUGUGUUGACAGUAUAACAAUUUCAAUUGAGGAAUACAACUCCUUGAUCCGAAAAGCUGAGAAGGCAGAUCAAAUUUCAAAGUCACUAGAAGAAGACUCUAAACAGCUAACCACAGAGUCAGAAAAUAAGAAUGAAGUUGAACUUUUAAAGAAGGAAUUGGAAGUUGCAAUGGCGAAAAUUGGGUUGUUUAGGAACCGUGCAGAACAAGCUGCUACGAGGGCAGAAGCAGCGGAGAAAGCCAAAGCAACAAUGGAGGAUCAGCUGAGGAUGUGGCAAGAGCAGAAGCAUAGAAGAAAAGCUGCAUUAGCUGCCCUCAGGGAGGAGUCUACGCCUAGACAAUUCAGUCCUCCCACUAUGGAAAAAUUACCUGAAAAAAAUCAGCCACUAGGUAAAGUUCUUAACUUGAAAUUCUAGUCUAAACAAUUUUUCAGUAACUUGGUUUGAUUAUAGAAGUUCUGAGUGAGAACUAUAAGCUCUGAGCUGGCAAUUUUAUAGACUGAAAUUAUCAUAUUGGUCUAUUUGCAUGAAAGAUCUUAUAUUAAUAAUAGUAAAUGUGGUGUGGCAUUGAUGUUCAUAUAUAUUCUUCACGUU